AUGGAUCAUAAUAUUAUUAACACAAAUUUUAAAUACGAAAGAGUAAGUAGCACUUAUGCCGAAAUCUAUUUAGAUGACAGUUUUUGUCAAGAUGAAACCCAUUUGCAAGAAAAUAAACUGAAAGUUGAGAGUCAUGCAAAUGAACAUGGAAACGAAGAAACAAGCGAUGAAUGGAUAUCACCUAGUGACCAACUUAUUGGAAUAAUUGAAUUAAAACCUCCUUUUACAUCUAAAAUUAACCGAGGUAAAACCCAUGAAGGUAUAUUGCACAUAGGCAAUACGGUAUUAGAACAAGAACGAAGUCGUUUUUUAAAAUCACUUGAAAGUCUUAUACAAGAAAACGAUGAGUCAUGGCAACAUAUUCUUACACACGAGAAAGAUGCAGUUACUAAGAAAGUUAAAAAAAUAUAUGAAAAUAUCUAUAAUCAAAAAAGUAAAAUUAUGACGCAAGAAAUAUCAGCUUUUUAUGAAAAUAGUCUUCAAGAAUUGGAAGAACAUUUGAAGUCGGAAUUGCAAACUGUCUUGCAAAGUUCUCAUGCUAGUGUGGUUUCUGUAUUAAACAACGAUAUAAAACUGAAAUUAAGAAAAGAAAAAAAACGACUUGAGGAUAUUUUAAGAAAGAGGCUUUUGAGUGAAGUUAAGAAGAUAAAUAAAUAUUAUAGUUUACUUUUUCGUAAUGAAAUAUCUAGAAAUGAAAAUAUAAUAAGCCAUGCUCUGCGGGAUAGAAAUGACGCAAUCAAUGCUUAUUUAAAACAAAUUGAAGCUGAAAAAAUAACUAGUUCAAUGUAUGUGAUGAGCUUGGAACGUAAAAGGUGUAAAAUAAAUAAAUUAAUACUACAAAGCCACCACGACGCGGAGACUACAGAAAAACUAUCGAUAUUAAAAGAAAAGAAAGAAAUAUUAGACAGAUUGAGACAGAAAGAAGUUCCUUUUAUGGAUGUUAAUAAAGAAUGGGAGGAUAAAAUUACUAAAAUUCUCCAACUUUUUCUAAAAUUUAUAAGUUUUUCACUAAAAUUGUUACCCGAACAAACUACUUUUUUGUUAGACUUAGAAAAGAUGGUAAUUUUACAAUUAAACGAAAUGCAAAAACAUCCUGAAAAUGUACAUUCACUUCUCUACAAUGAAAGUGAUUUAACGAAUAUCUUCGAUUUUGCAGAUAAGCCAAUAGAUGAGAUAGUUUGUGAAAAAGAGCCAUUUGUCUUAAUAGGUGAUUUAUCGGAUCCUAUUCCACCGCGAUAUGGAAGUAGAGAAAUAUUGCCUAUUGAUGUUGAUUUACCAGUUAUAAGGCUGCAAAGACAGUAUGUCUAUGCAAAGUGCCAUGGUUAUGAAGAUAUAAAGAAAUUUCUUAAAAGUCAAGUUUGUAAAUGUCAUCAAAUGCCAUCAAAAUCGCCUUCACUUAUAAGUGACAGCAAUGCAGAACCACCACCAACAGAUGAAAGAGUUCCUAUUUUAGAAAAAUUAUCUUCCGAAGAACUAUUGUUAUGCGAAAAUUUUAAACGCUUGCCAAGUUGUCCUGCACGUAGUUGUACAGUGUGGAUGGACAACGAGGCCUUUCCCUUUUUACCUAACUAUAUAGAUUUUACAGAAAACAAUUUCGAACGAGUGACAGCUAUUCUUGGAAAAUCUCCAGUUAGAAAAGAAUCUCCUGAACUAAUAAAACCAAGGGAUGUAGUAUAUCGUGAAUUACCAUUCUCCGCAACUAAAGAACGAUAUCACACUACAGAAACCCAAUACUCUAGUCAAGAAGACUUCAAUAUUCAAGAUUUACCAUGCACAUGCACGUGCCUGGAUUAUGAUUCAAAUUUAGAUACAAAACAUACACAAAAAGAUUCUACUGAAGAAAUCAAAAACAUUCUGAUCAAAAGAAAAAUUUCGUUACAGCGUUUGAUGAGAAACAAUCCCAAUCUCUUGAAUUUAUUUACAGAUGAAAUU